AUGAGCAAAAUUCGAAGCUUAAAAAAGAUAGUAAAAAGACUGAAAAGAGAUGUAGAGUCCCUAGAAACUGAAUUAGAAGAUUUAGAUGACUGUGUGAAUAAGGACACUGUGGUUGACUUAAUACAUGAAAUAGUUCUCUCGCUGAUUAAUGAAAAAGGUAAGAGUUCCUCCUAUUCGUCCAAGACUUCUGAAGAAUCUGAUUCGGCUGAGACAUUUGAGAAAUUAAUUGAUGAGUUGACUACCAAAAAUUUAGAUUCUACAGAAAAUAUUAUUACACAGUCAAGUUCAGUACCUACUGGUGAAAAUAAUCCUGAGUCAGUUAAUUUUCUUAACUUAUAUCGUCAGAUUGUAAAAGCUGAAGAUGGUAAUAAAAAAGCCAUUCAAGAUAUUAUUAGAGCCUAUUAUAAUUUUGGCCAUGAUCUUAAAAAACGUCUUAAAUACCAUAAAAAAAAUCACAAAAAACAA